AUGGAGACUAACCAUGAAGAAGCACAGUACCUACAGUUAAUAAAGCGCAUACUUGAUGGUGGAGCACAGAAAAUGGACAGAACCGGCACAGGAACAAUUGCAGUAUUUGGUGACAUGGCACGGUAUUCUCUUGAGAACGACAGGUUCCCUCUACUUACCACAAAGAAAGUUCCAUUCAGAGUGGUUGCAGAAGAACUUCUGUUCUUUAUUCGCGGGCAAACAGACAAUAGAAUACUAAAAGAUAAGAACGUAAACAUAUGGACACUGAAUGGAACAGAAGAGUUUCUUCGGUCUCGCGGCAUAACCAGAAGAGAAGAUGACCUUGGUCCAAUUUACGGGUACCAGUGGAGACACUUUGGCGCAGAGUACAAAACGUGCGAGGAUGACUAUUCUAAUAAAGGCAUUGACCAGUUAAACCAAGUGAUUGAGGAAUUAAAAACAAACCCAAACAGUCGCCGUAUGAUUGUAUGCGCAUGGAAUCCAAGUGAUCUAGACCAGAUGGCUCUUCCCCCAUGCCAUGUGCUAUUCCAGUUUGUUGUAGUAAAUAGCAAGCUAAACUGCAUGUUAUACCAAAGAUCCGGUGAUGUAGGGCUAGGAGUGCCCUUUAAUAUUGCAAGUUAUGCCCUGCUUCUUAAAAUGGUCUCAUAUCUAACCAAUAUCCCAGCAGGUGAGUUUGUUCACGUACUCUCUGAUGCUCAUAUAUACUCCAACCACAUAGCCCAGCUAACAGAGCAAGUAAAGCGCGUGCCAUACAAGUUCCCAACCCUCAAAAUAUCCCCAGCAGUAAAAAGAGAAAGAAUUGAUGAUUUCCAAAUUGAUGAUUUCAUUCUGGAAGGGUACACACACCACCCACCAAUUAAAAUGAACAUGUCUGCAUAGUAAGAUACCUGAAAAUGAGUAUUUUUAAAGAAUUUUCAGUUUCUGCUAAAAAUGCCCUUCUUAAUUAUUUUGGGGUAUUACCGCUUAUUAGCUAAUAUUAGGAAAUUAAAAAUAAAAU